AAAACUUGAAGAAGAGAAUUGUAAUAAAAAGCUACUUCAUUUACCAAUUUUUAAAACAAUUGAUAACAAAUUUAUAUCUUUAAAUAAUAAGAUUAUUUAUUUCUUGGACAAUAGUUUGAGUUCUGACUUUACAAAUGAUAAUUUGUGGAAAUCUAAUGAUAAUAUUGAAAUUCUAGACUAUAAAAUAUACAAGGAUUCUUAUAUUGGAAAAUUUUUACUUCAAGAUGAAGCCAAGCUUGUUUCACAAGUCUACUUCUUUGAAAAAUAUAUUUUAAAACAUUUCAAGAAUUUUACAACAGAACAGCAAGUUCAAUACCUAGAAAAAUUAUCAGACUGUCUGAAACCGGAACUGAAGAAGAAAAAACAUAAGUAUGACACUAAAACUCUAGAAUCCAUUGAAUUUGUUCAAUGUUUAGAUGGAGAAUAUAGAAAACCAUCGGAUACGUUUAGUAUGAAUUUUAGUAAUUUUGAAAAGAUGUUUGAUUUUAAAAGAAUUCCAAUUUAUAAAAACUUUAUAUUACAAAAAACAGAGUUUUAUAUUUAUUAUAAGAAUCCUUAUUUUGAUAUAGAGAAUCUUUUGAUUGCUUUAGGAAUGAAUGAGAUUAUCACAGCUGAAAUUUGCUUGAAAUUCUGUCAAAUAGCUGCAAAACAUCCAAAAGAAGGAUAUGAUGUGCAGAUACUUCAAUAUCUUUUUGACAAUGAUUUAUCUGAAUGGACUGAUGAUCAGUUGGAAAAAAUUAUUAAUUAUCCCUUUAUUUAUCCUUGUGAAGUUAAAAAUGAAUAUAAAGACUUGAGCAAAUCAGCGGAAUGUUUAAUUCCAAUCAAAAAUUCAUAUUUAAAUUGUCAUGAGGAGAAAUAUGCAUUGUUUUGGAUAGCUUUUCAUAUGCUUCCCCAAAUCACCAUACUUCCUUUAACUAAUUUUUCAAUUCUUGAAAAAUUUCGUGUUAAACAUAAAGUUUCUAUUGCAGAUUUUCAAUCAAACCUGCAAAGUUUAAAUGAAAUUUUAAGGAAAGAAAUAGAAAUAGAAAACAAUUGUAAUAAAGUAAAGACAAGCAUUGAAAUAUACAAAUAUAUUUUAAAAUAUUUAGCUAAGACUAAGGAACCAAUAGAAAAUGUUAUAAAUAUUCUACAAGUACCAAUUUUCAACGAUGAUUAUAGUAAAUUAGUUGAUAUGGUCAAAAUACAGAGUUUGCACGAAGAUCAAAGUAUAUUAUACGAUAUUCCUGGAUAUUUCUAUAAGAGACCUGAAUACUUAUUUGAACAUCAACAAUUCUUACAUAAAAUAGGAUUAAUGAAAAAGAUUAACCCUCAAGGCUUAUGUAACAUUCUGAGUGAAAUUUAUAAAGAUACUAAUCAGCAUAAUGCUCCUUUAAAUGAAAAACAAUUAUGUGCAGUUAAAUUAAUAAUAAAACAUCUUCAAUGCAUGAUUCAAACAAAAAAAAUUGAUGAAAUUGAAUCUCAACUGUAUCUGAUAACGCAAGGAAACAAUGGCAAUUACUUUCUGAAACCUUCUCAGCAACUUUAUUUUAUUGAUAUACAACUACAGGAACAAUUCGAAGAAAAACUGAUAAAGCAUAAUUCUAUUGAAUGCUUCGACUUGAUUUCAUCAAAACUGUUCUUUUAUAAUUGGAUUAAAACAUUUUGGCCAAAAAUUUUGUCUGAAGUUGUUGAAAAAAAGAUUGAAAAUUUUAAAGAGUCUCAAUUUAAUAUACAAAACAGCUGUGUUGGAAGUUUUUGGAAAAGUCGUUUGAGAUCUAUGCCAUUAAAAACAGCUCUGAUUUCAAUGAUUUGUCAAAUUGGACUUGAAAAUGUUAAAGAAAGAUAUCUAAAAAGAUUAACAAAUAUUGAAAUGAAAUUAGUGUCAAAUCUGAAUAUUUCAUUGAGUUUUAAAAGUGAAAAUCAUAUUGUAAACUCCAACUACUUUAUUGAAAACAAAACUAAAGAGCAGAUUGUAUUUUAUCUAAAUAUGGAUAUUAAAAAUGAUAUAUUGGAAAAUGAUAGGAGAGAACAGGCCAAAGAGUUAGCUGAUCGUCUAUUGUUUGAUUUGUUAGAAGAUAAUGAAAGAGUUAUUGAAGUUCUUUUCAAUUGUCUUUAUACUCAUAAUAUUAAUGAUAUACCAAAAAUAUUAGAUAACAAGAAUUUCACUAUGCAAAAAUGUGCAGAAAAUGAUUCUAUUCCUGGUCAAAUUUUGCUUGAAGGAGAGAUUUUAGGCCUAUUUCUCCUAAAAUUAAAAUUUGAAAUAAAUGAAUUGGUCAUAUUUCAGGAAACAACCAGUCUAAAUAGUUUCUUGGCUACAAAUAUUACUAAUGAACAAUACAAAGCUAUAUUUCGAGUUUGUCAGAUAAUUGAAAUUGUUUCAAUUGAUGAAGACAACAUCUGGAAUAAUGAAUACACUAUUGAAUAUCAACCACAAAGGUAUAUAAAAGCAAAAGGAUAUGAUCUAUUUUACACCAACACUGAUAAUAAUAAAGGAAAAAUUGAAUAUUAUGUAAUGAAUUGUAAUAAGACUUCAAUAGAAAGAGAUCUACUAUCAUUAAAACAAUUUGAUGUAGAAGUACAAAAAAAGUGUAUAAUUGAAAUAUUCUUCAACUGGUUGGAAGAAAAACAUGAAGACAAGUACAAAGAUAAAUGCAUUGAUAUGAAAGCAACUAUUUAUGACAUUGUACUGACUAAUUUUACACCAGAAGUAAUACAAUUUAUCGAAGAAAAACUGGAAAUUACUGUAAGAGAAAGAAUAAAGGCACAAGCAAUGUUCAAAUCUGUAUCGAGAAAUUCCAGCUCAUAUCCAAGCCCAUUUUGUGCAAAGCAAUAUAUUGAAUUAGCAAAGGAUGACUUACAAGCAGUUCCAAGUGAUUAUACAAAAAGCAGAUGGGCAUUAUAUAAAUGUCAUCAAGCUUGUGAAAAGGCUCUUAAAUCUCUCAACUUCCUAAAGUCUUCAGAGAAUUCAUACAGUCAUAAUUUAAGAUAUUUAAUGCCUGAUGAUGUGUCUGAUGAUGUUAGAGAAGCUAUUGAGACAAUAAACAAACACAUAUAUGAUCCAUCUAAUUUAAGAUAUACUAUGCGGCACCAAUCAGAAACUGGAGAAACUGUCCUUUUAAUUGAGAAGAAGACUCGUCUAGUUGUAAACUAUGCAGAACAAAAGGUGGAAUCAUUUCAAUAGAUGACAAUCCCGAUUAAUGGACAUUUAUUUUUAUAAAACUGUUUGUUUUAUUAUGUUUAUAUAAUUAUAGUAGAUGGAGCCACUAUUGAUUUGGCAAAGGAACAAAGAACAUUAAGAUAUGUAUUUAAAAAUUGUGACAUUUUGUCUUCAAGUUUGUUUUUUUCCACACAUUUACAAAGCUUGUCAGUCUCUUCAAUCUUUAGCUGGAAGACUUUAGACUAUAGUGUCAGAUUGCAAGUCAUUUAAUGAAUACAUAUUCUAUUGGCAAAACCCUGUAGUUACCUUCAAUACAUUGA